UCGUUGCCGUUAUCCAUCCUGAUCCAUCCAUCCGCUAGUGUGACGUCAACGCAAACAACUGAGGCGAACCAGCGGCGUGCCCGUGCAUCCGCCCAAAUACCAAAGUCAAUAUUGUGGAACAAACCGAACAUAAAGUGAUGAGUGACGUGGAAGAAACCUUGCAAAGGCUGAAAGCCCAGAAAGGCGUCGUAGGAGUUAUUGUUGCCAAUUCUGCAGGAGCACCAAUCAAAACGACACUAGAUAAUGCCACCACAACACAGUAUGCUAGCCUUAUCAGUCAGCUGACUGAGAAGACUCGGACUACUGUGCGUGACCUAGAUCCCAGCAAUGAUCUAACAUUUCUGCGAAUUCGCACAAAGAAGCACGAGGUCAUGGUCUCAUCUGAUAAGGGCUACCUCUUGAUAGUCUUGCAAAACCCUCCAGAGUGAACUGAACACUCUCGUAACAGCGAAUAUUGACAUACUACUGUACACACAACCAGAUUCUGGGACAAUGUCUUUAAAGGCAGCACAUGCACACUUCAAAACAAUUUUUAAUGCCACUGUGUAUAAAGGAUUGUACACUGUGUAAUAAAAUGGUGAAAAAUGCUUCA